CGCCGGCCCCGCGGGCCGCCCUCGUAGCGCGCUCGCGCGCGAUGGCGCCGCAGAGGGGGGCGCCUGCCCGGCGGGCGCGGCUGGCCGUCCUGGCGCCGGCCGCGGUCGCCGGGCUGAACGCGACAGGCGCUCUGUUGGACCACCUGUGCGAGGGCCACGACGAGGAGUGGGGGUCCUGCCCGGACCUCGGGACGUGCGACGACUGCACCCCGGUGGACUGCCGCUUCUCCCAGUGGGGCGAGUGGUACGAGGGCGACGGCUGCAUCGGCCUGCACUUCCGGCACCGGAGCGUGCGGGUGCCAAACAACAAGUGCGGAAAGCCUUGUGAGGGCGCCAAGAUCGAGUCCGAGGUGCACCUCAAGCCAGAGUGCAGGAGCCGCACCCAGGACUGCACGUUCACCGAGUGGGGCGAAUGGAGCGCGUGCGAGGACGACCUCGGCCAGUCCACCCGCGCGCGGGAGGUGGACAGGCCGCCCAGCCUGGGCGGGGAGCCCUGCGCCGGUGGGCUGGAGGAGACGCGGCCGUGCGGCGGUCCCGACAAGCAGGAC